AUGCAAUCCCUUUUGACCCAUAUCGAGAAGUUGCUGAAGCGGAAGGGCGCUAAUGCGAACGCUUUGUCUAUUGUUUGUGACUGCUUCGAGAAACUUGAGCUCUACAUGGGUCAUCGUCUACGAGUUGUGAAUCAGCAGCGAGCGGUAUCGAAGAUGCUUGAUACCUUGGAGAAGCAAGCGAUGCAAGACGAAGGCUUGAACGAAGCUGUCGUCACUAUUGACUUCAAGCUGAACGCUGAACCACUGAGUUUUGGUGAGAAGAUCGGU